GCGAAGUCUCAACCUUAAACCUGAAACUGUAAACAGUCGCUGACAAAUAAUUCUGCCGCCGCCACGGGCAAACAUGGAAGAUUCAAAACGGUCCGGAAGAAUUUGGGAUGUCCCUGAUCCUCUAUUGGUUGGGGGAAUGCAUGGCGUUCUUGGAGGAUUAAACUCCUUUAUGCUGUUUCCUCAUAAGGCUGUUCCACGAAAUGAAGAGACACAUGCAAAACUUCCAGAUGAUGCUAAAAUGUACCAAGUUGAUUCAUCUAGCUGGCUUUGGGGGAAUCAUGCUCGCAAGCUGGUCAAUGAAAGUGUUGGGACAUUUAUUGCGCUGCAGACUGCAUUUGUCGAGCCUGAACCAGACAGCUGUAUACCCAUACUUGUUAAAAAGUCUAGAGAAUAUAGGUCCAUGAUACAAGCAUGCAACAGCGAGAUCACUGCAGACCUGCAAUCCAUGGAGACUGACAAUGGUCAGAAGGGAGAAGAGGAGGAGUUGGCAGAAUGUGCUCAGCUUCUUUCCAAAAUGGAGCUAAUUUUGAGUCUUAUAGAAAUCCUGUUCAUUGACAAAAAACCAGGUGGUUUGGUCUUGGGACAGCUCGUGGCUUGGAUCGUUCACCAUUUCCCUAAGUGCAGUGACAAGGGAGAUGAAGCCAUGGCAUCUGAUCAUCCACAUCAACAUCCCUCUUAUUGGGAUGCUAUAUAUGGAUUGGUACUGCAAGGUCAGAUGGAAAGUGUCCGAAAUAUGUUAGCCCAUCAUCCAGAUGCAAGCACUGAUCCAUUUCUUUCAAUGGAUGAGCUUUUGAGAAAAAUGCCAGUAUAUCAGGCAUAUUCUGGAGUGUCAGAGGCCGAGUUCACUGUUAGGUGGCAACACUGGCAGAGUGAAUGUGAACGUCGACUUCAAGAUGGCCACUUCACAACAUGUCACCAGUUGAAGGCAACAUGCCAGAUUCUGUGCGGAGAUCAGUCUACAAUUAACGGCUUGAUUGAUUUGAUGGACACUUGGUAUCAUCUUAUGGUGUCCACACUCCUGUUUACUAACCCAACCAUCAAAUUAUUCCGCUUACACAGUGCAGCACAGGAUGCUAUAAAUGUUUUGGGUGGUGAACAGGGUAUUACUCCCCUUGAUCAUGUCUUGCUUGCUGCUAUGGAGGCUGACGCCCAUGAGGUGAUUAAAGAGUGCCAACUGGUCCUGGAUAACAGCUGGUUCACAGCUCAUGUAAUGGAUCUCUUGUACCAUACUUUGGCCCUGAAGACAGAACAAAAAUUUCUUCCAGAACUUCGUGAAUCCCUAUUACUAGAUUAUGCCAGUGUACUGGUAGGGCACCCAAGUCUAUGGCAAGUUGGCAUUUUGUACUUAGACCACUGUGGCCCAUCAGGGUUGGCUAUGUCACAGGCUGUUCUACAGCGAAUUCCACUAACAGAUGAUUCCCGGGCUUCCAAAAUAAUUCAGAUGGCCGGUGAUAGGGAUUUUGAAAGUGUUGUCGUUAGCAUAUGUCGAGUGAUGGGUCGCCGUGCACUCUCUCAGGAUCGACUGGGUGCUGCCAUCUGGUGGGGAGUGCGCUCUAGGGAUUCAGCUUUUACUUCACAUCUUGCUCACCAGAUUCUUCACAAAUACAUAGCCGAGGGUAGGUUUGAAUCUUCACCACUCCUAGAUCAUUUAGGUCCAGCUAUGUUGCUGUCUGACACCUUAACAUUCUUAGGCAAGUACAGAGAAUUCCACACAAUGUACCAGGACGGCAACUUUCAUGAUGCUGCAUCACUUCUUGUUUCUUUGAUAUCCUCUAAAUUAGCGCCAGAAUAUUUUUGGCCUGUAUUGCUGCUGGAUGCUUUGCCACUUUUGAAGAGUGAGGACCCUGUCAUCUCAGCAGAACAGACUUACGAACUGAUGUAUUGUCUGCACAAUCUCAGUAACCUGAGUAGCAAAACCUUGGAUAAUCCUAUGGAAACAGAAGCAGCAAAAGCAGCAUUUGCUCACAAAGAGAAGGAGAUAAGAUUAGCGCUCUCAAAUAAUUUAGCGCGAGCCAUUAUUCAUGAGGGAACUCUUAUUGAAGACUGACUUGCUUUAUAAUUAGAGUAUGAUGUAAGAUCUUUUAUAUGUAUAUUUUUUUGUACUUGAUGAGUGAUGACAAACGUGAUUUAGCACUCAUUGAUUAUAGUAUAAUAAAACUA